AUGUCUCCACCACAAUCUCCAAAUUCAUCUAGAGAUCAAGUUCGUCCAUUGGCACCUUCAUCUCAUCGUAUACACGUCGAAAACGAAGAAGGCGUUAAUUACACGUCAGCAACAUCAAAUACAGAGUUGUCUAAGAAACGACGUCGUAGAAGGUGUGUUAAAUGUUUCGCUUGUUGUGGAGUUACGACGGUAAUUGUAGGUAUCGUUAUUUUGAUCCUCGCGCUGACUGUUUUCAAGGCGAAAGAUCCUAAGAUAAGAAUGAACUCGAUUAGGUUCGAGGGGUUGAGUUUCCUUACUCGUAGUUCGAAUCUCCAACCCAACUUGAAUAUUACGGUCGUUGCUGAUAUUUCUAUUAAAAACCCUAACUCGGUCUCGUUCAAGUUCAGGGCCGCGACCGCUGGUGUCAGUUACAGUGACAGAGUCAUAGCGGAAGCCCUGAUACCGCGAGGGUCGGCUAGGGCUCGGAGGACAUUGCGAAUGGAUGUGAGCGUUACGGUUAUGACGGAGAAAUUAGUGGGAAUUCCAAGGCUAACAAAUGAUUUGAUAGCUAUGGAAUUGCCGAUAAGUAUGUCAACAAAUAUUAAUGGAAGGGUUAAUUUAGGUUUAUUUAAAAAAAGCGUUGGUGUAAGGAUGAAUUGUAAUAUGGUGAUUGAUUUACAACGACAACAAGUUAAGGGCAAUAUGGAUUGUGAUAGGAAAGUUUCAAUGUAG